AUGAACCAUACCGACUCCGACAAUUCGCCAUUGAAGACCCCUGGUGCUGGCUUCAACUUAGGCCGGGAGGAUCCCGCGAAUGCCCUCGACGAGCUGGACACUCAAAGCCAUGCGAGCUCCCGAGAUCAGGGCAGCGCACAGCCCGCAGACGCCGCUACCGCAGCCGACGACAGCCAGCACGAGGCCCACCGAGAUGAGGGCCCGAAUUCCACCGCAGAUCAGGACGGGAAGCCGGCAUGGUCGGAAAUGAAGACCAAGGCUGGAAAGGAGCGGAAGCGACUGCCGCUCGCCUGCAUUGCAUGUCGCCGCAAGAAGAUCCGGUGCUCGGGUGAGAAACCCGCUUGCAAGCAUUGCACUCGCUCGCGAAUUCCCUGCGUCUACAAGGUCACGACAAGGAAAGCGGCCCCGCGCACAGAUUACAUGGCUAUGCUGGAUAAGCGUCUGAAGAGGAUGGAAGAUCGCGUGAUCAAGACGAUCCCGAAAGACGAAACGAGAGACAUGACUGCUAUCGGGAGGUCCGUGGUGAAACCUUCCCAACAAGGCCAGCCGGCGAGACAGGCGAAGAAAAGGAGCGCGGGCGCUGAGUUCUUACCCUCGCUGGAAAUCCAGGAGCACUUGGCCGAGGUGUUUUUCGAUUGCGUUUAUGGGCAGUCGUACCUUCUUUUACAUAAACCAAGCUUCAUGCGCCGGCUGAAGGCUGGCACGGUGCCCCCAGUGCUGAUCUUGGCCGUUUGCGCUGUGUCGGCUCGUUUUUCGACACAUCCACAGCUCAAUUCAGAGCCUCCGUUCUUGCGUGGCGAAAAUUGGGCUAACCCAGCAGCUGCAAUCGCCUUGAGCAGACAUGACGAGCCGAAUAUCACGAUCUUAACGGUCUUUCUCCUUCUGGGCCUGCAUGAAUUUGGUACAUGUCACGGUGGAAGAAGCUGGUCAUUCGGUGGACAGGCAUUAAGGAUGGCGUAUGCUUUACAGCUGCACCAGGAGCUAGAAAGCGAUCCAUUGGGCCAAACCAACAACAAUACUCAGCUGAGCUUCACGGAUCGAGAAAUCCGAAGGCGAACAAUGUGGGCGUGCUUCUUGAUGGAUCGCUAUAAUUCAUCUGGAAGCCAACGUCCGCCAAUCGGUAACGAGAGGUUCUUGCAGAUCCAACUCCCUAUAAAGGAACAUCACUUUCAGAUGGAGAUUCCUGGAGCCACGGAGGAUUUGGACGGCGAUAUUCUCAACCUUAUGCCCGAGGAUUCUGGACAAUUGUCCAAUGCAAAGGAUAACAUGGGUGUUUCGGCGUAUAUCAUUCGCGUGAUAGUUAUCUGGGGCCGUCUUGUUGAUUACCUGAACCUCGGGGGGAAGAAAAAGGACCCCCACCCACUUUGGCACCCGGAUUCGGGAUAUAUGCGACUUAAACAGCAGAUCGAAGAGUUUUCGAACACGCUCCCCAGCUUCCUCACGUUUACAUAUGAGAACCUCCAGAUCCAUGCUGCCGAGAAGAUUGCAAAUCAUUCGCCAUUCCUUUGUCGCCUGGAGGGCGCCCUCCUAGGGGACAUGCCUAAGCCAUUCCUCAGCAACGCUGGUCGAGCGGCCGUCGAAGCUGCUCAUACGAUCUCUGUUUUGUUUGAUCGAGCUUCAGCCUACCCUCUAACUGUUCCUUUCGCCGGUUAUUGCGCAUACACAGCGAGCACCGUCCACAUCUGGGGCAUAUUCUCCAAGAACGCCCAGCUCGAGGCUCGAUCAAAAGAAAACCUCCGCCACACGUACCGAUACUUGAACAAAAUGAAGAAGUAUUGGGGCAUGUUCCAUUAUAUGGUUGAAAGCGCCAAGGAUCGCUAUCGCCAGUUUGCCGACGCCGCUAUCAAAGGGUCGACCGUAGCUCAGAAUGGAAACACGCUUGCGCCCAUGUUCCAAUACGGCGAUUGGUUUUCCAAGUACCCGCAUGGCGUGUCAAGAUUACACUGGGAGGACCCAGACACUCGGCAUAAGGAGACCGGCGAAGACGCUGUCAUGGGUCAGAAACCAGACCUACAAAGCGUUGAAGACUUCUUCGCCAGUCUCUCCCCCCAAACACAACAUGCUGUGCCUCGCAGGGCACGCUCUCGUAAGAACAGCAAGAUUUCCGACAGCACCUCGAAUCCUGGUCAGUCACCGUCACAACGAAUAGUUUCUUUGGGAGAUACUGCUGGGAUGACCGGCAGUACUUUCCAUCAUUCGUCUAUGCUUCCUCAAAACCGCGACAUAUCCUUCGGCAAUUUUGAUUUCAGCAUUCCUCCAGACCAGUUGCCCCAACUCGAUAGGCAAUUUGUGUACGGCUCAUUUUCUGACUUUGACCCCAACGCCUUUAUUCCUCCAAACCACCCGCCCAUGCCGGUCAGCGGCGUCGAAACUCCAAACCCAAGCCAACCUAUAUUCACCGGACAGCUCGACCCCGGCGCCCCCUCAGGCGCCGGCGAGUUUUACCAGCCAAGUGCGUGGUUUCUUCCAUUCAACCUGGACCCGAUGGGUAUGAACAACUCGGCCCUAGACCCUAGCUCGGACAGUCAGCCCCCACCAUCCGCAGCAUCCAUCCCGGGCACUGCAUUCGGUGGUGCAGCAAACCUACCUAUGAGCGAUUAUGACUUGGGUCUUGGUAGGCCGAACAUGAAGUAG